AUGACUGGUCUGUGUACGGCUGGCCUGUGUACGACUGACCUGUAUAAGACUGGUCUGUGUACGACUGACCUGUAUAAGACUGGUCUGUGUACUAUUGACCUGUGUACGGCUGACCUGUGUACGGCUGACCUGUGUACGGCUGACCUGUGUACGGCUGACCUGUGUACGGCUGACCUGUGUACGGCUGACCUGUGUACGACUGACCUGUGUACGACUGACCUGUGUACGACUGACCUGUAUAAGACUGGUCUGUGUACGACUGACCUGUAUAAGACUGGUCUGUGUACAACUGACCUGUGUACGACUGACCUGUGUACUAUUGACCUGUGUAUGACUGGCCUGUGUACGUCUGGCCUGUGUACGUCUGGCCUGUGUACGACUGACCUGUGCUAUGACUGGUCUGUGUAA